AUGGCAACGAAUAAGCAGAUCCCCAUACCCCGCGACCCCACCAAAGAAGAAGCCCAUGCGCUCUUCAAUGAGGUUGAAGAGAAAUUUCCAUCGAGUACACUCGGAGACGGCAAAUGGUACAUUCUUACGCUUGCCGCUCUAGUCGGCGGUUCCCAAGCCUCUCAUGCCCCAACUCUAUACUCCUACCUCCUCACGCGACCAGAGUUCCAAACCCCAGAUCAGCGACAAGCACUCAUGAGACGGCUCCGCGAAGUUUUAUUCAAACUCAUCAUCAUUGUAGGUGUCUGUAAGCCGCUGGAUGCGGUGUUUGAGAUUGAGGCUGUGACACGGGAGGAGGAUCGUGAUUACUCAUUCUCAAGAGAAAACUGGCAAUGCGACGAAUCAAACGCACAACGCGGAGAGCAGUGGUUGAACAGAUUGUACUCGCAUAACAUGGGUGGUAUUAAUAAGGCAUUGGCCUCGCAACGAGAUUUUGCCUGGACAAGCAAACAUAUAACCUAUGGCCUCUACCUCUCCGACCACUCCAUCCUCACCGACGUCGAAACAGAAAUCACAGUGCUAACCGGUAUCAUGAUGCAAAACCUGCCGCGGGAAACAUCAUGGCACUUGCGUGGGACACGGCGGAUCGGAGUGAGUAGUGAGGAUGUGGAGACGAUACAGCAGUGUAUUGAGCUCGUGGCACAGUUUUGUAGUCAUCUUUAUGAGGCACUCGUAAGGAGUAUGAGCAGAAGUUCUGUUCAUCAAUGGUGCCAGAAUCGCGACCAAGAUCAGGGUUUGCGCAAAUCGAAGUCGACGUUCGAUUCCUGUACUGGCGCGACGUUUGACUAG